CCCAGGUACAACAAAGGGUUAACUGUUAAUAAUGUGUUAUUGUAAUGUUACUGUUUAUUCAGAAUGAGUGUAGAAAUAAUCAGCCACUCAGAAUGCAUAGUUCACUAAGUCCCGCCCCUAGCUGAACAUAAUUGACAGGUCACUAUGCACCUGCGUAAUCGGGUCGCGUGUGUGAGACAGAGAGACAUGUAAUGGCGGAGGAGAGAAACAAAACGGAUGAGUAACAUUGAAAAAAAAGUUAUUAUUAGUUAAGCUUAAAACCGCUACAAGCUUACAAAACAACACAGAAGACAGCGGAAGUAUUAGCGAGCGGGAGUUGGAAAGCCCCGUUUUUCUUUUCCUUCUAUCUCGGUCAGGUCUUAUGGACAGCGAAAGAACCACUUCUGAAGAUCUAUCCGAUGGCGAGCCUUCCAGCAUGAUUAUACUUGGAGUAAAGAUCAACUCAUCGAAACACUUCACCUGGUGGUAGGGUGGUGUUAGUCGCCAGGACUGCACACAUAUCCACAGGAAGAUAACUAUAUCCAGGACUGUAACAGGAACAGUUACAUCUAAGGAAACUAGAGGAUUGACUGGACAAAUAUUGACAGUGAUCACAGGACACAGACUCUAUUGACUAUCAAAACAAACUAAAGACUUUACCUUUAAAGGGCCCAUUUUUAUUUUUUAUUUUCAUUGUUGUUAUUUACAUGUUGUGAAUUAUCACUCAAAAUUCAACUACUAAAGUUACAUCUUGAAAAGUACCCUGUUUGUGCUUCAUUUAUGGUUAUAGCAGUCUAUGUUCCUUAGCUCCUCACGAACCUAGAGUUAAGUGUAAUUUCAGGAGUGGGUUACAUGGGUUACAAAAAACAUGGCGAGCCAGCCAGGAGCUUUGUGAAUGGACUGUAACCAUACAUGAAUGUCACAUUUAGUUCUAUGCACAGAAUAAUUUGAAUUGCAAUUUUUGUACUUUAGUGUUUUUCUAGUUCAAAUUUAAAAAAUUUGAGGUUGAGAAUAAGGGUUCUGGGAAUUCUAUCUUAAAAUGGAAAUUGUUGAGACAGAAGGUAUUAAAGUGCCAAAUUCACUCAUAGUUAGUGGGUUGUCUUAUACCCCUGUAGAUGAGGAGAUUUUCGAUCACCUUAAGCAGUAUGGGCUAAUUAGGAGGAUAGUUAAAGUUGAUAGUCCUGAAUCUGAAUUCCACAAACAGGCUAUUAUUGAGUUUGAAUCAGGUGAAUCAAUACAGACUCUUAAAGCCAUUCUACCGUUAGACAGGCCAAGUUCUGCAGAUCCCAAUAUCAUUCACCAUGUGAAAACCCUGGCUAGUGUUUAUAGCAGUAAGGCAGGCACUGAAAUCACUCAUACAUUCCUGUCUGAGCUUAAAGGCAUAGCCAAAUUGAGUGGAAAUUCAUUCGAAGACAUUCUGCGAGCAGAGUUAACUAGAAUAACUGAAACCAUGGGAGAACAGACACCAGCGGAGGAAGCUGAGGGAGAACAUGCACCAACUUCUGUCCAACCACCAAGUGAAAAGUUGGUGACCUCUUCUCCAACUUCCAGAACUCUGCUUAAUCUUCAGUCUGGUGAACUGAACCCAGUUGAAACUCAGUCUCAUACUGAACGGAACAUAGCUGCACAAGCUUCAUCUGAUGUAGGAGAGUCUAUGAAUAACUUUCACUUGUCUCCUGAUCAUCUCAGCACACCUGAAGUGCAGCGAGUGGUAGUGGAACACAUUGUGAAAAGCACUGAAAUUGCAUCCCAGUUUCACUCACCUGUCAAACUGAGGCCUUUCUCAGGAAGAGUCCCUUGUCCCAACUAUGAAGUUGACUAUGACACUUGGCGAACUAAUGUUGAUUUCUACUUGAAUGAUCCCACUGUUUCUCAUUCACAGUUGGUGAGAAAAAUAGUGGACAGCCUCUUACCUCCUGCUGCUAACGUGGUGAAACCUUUAGGUUCCCAGACUACUCCACAUGCUUACCUGGACUUGCUUGACUCAGCGUAUGCAACUGUUGAAGAUGGAGAUGAGUUGUUUGCAAAAUUUCUCAAUACUCAUCAGAACUCAGGAGAAAAGCCAUCCAGCUAUCUUCACAGGCUGCAGUCAUCUUUGAAUGUAGUUGUAAGAAAGAAAGCUGUAUGUGCCAGUGACGCAGACAAACAACUACUCAAACAAUUCUGUAGAGGGUGCUGGAACAAUACACUGAUUGCAACGCUCCAGCUAGAGCAGAGACAGAAUAACCCACCAACCUUCUCAGAGCUUUUGCUGUUGUUACGCACAGAAGAGGACAAGCAAGCAGCUAAAGCUAGUCGGAUGAAGCAACACCUAGGCUUCACAAAGGCAAAAGUUCAGGCUAACACGCAAGCUGUGUGUGGCAAUGAGAUAAAUGAUUAUGAUUUGCAAACCCAAGAUAACACUAUACCUUCAGCCAUGGAGCAGAUUAAGAAACAAAUAGCCAACCUCCAAGCACAGAUUGCAGCUCUCACAGUUUCCCCGGGAGAGAAGCCCGUGAAACCUAAAACACAAAAAACCCAGAAACCUAAACCAAAAGAAAACCAGCAUAUUCCUCAGAAGCUGUCACCAUCCCAGUCCACACCAUCAAGGCCUAGGCCAUGGUAUUGUUUUAAAUGUGGGGAGGAUGGUCAUAUCGUCACCAGCUGUAGCAACCCUCCAAACCCUACACUGGUUGAUGCUAAGAGGAAAGAGCUAAAGGAAAAGCAGCAGGCUUGGGAUAAGAAAAACGCUUCUGGAGACACUCCCACUUUAAACUAGAAGCGGCUCCUGUGGAGGGACGGAUAGGAACCGACAGACAGAAAAGUCCCAACCGAAAGUUAAACACCGAAAACAAAGCAAUACUCAAAGAACAGAGAGUUGAACGAACCAAAAAUAUCCCAAAAGGACUUAUUGGACGAAAGAGUACUGCUAAUGUCAAAGUUGGUGGAGUGGAGUGCAACUGUUUGCUCGAUACAGGUUCGCAAGUUACAACUGUAACUCAAUCAUUCUACAAUGAGCACCUGUCAGAACACAAAGUCAAGCCUGUGAGCGACAUACUUGAAGUUGAAGGAGCAAAUGGACAGCCUGUUCCAUAUGCUGGGUACGUGGAGGUGAGCAUGAAGUUUCCUAAAGAGUUCAUAGCCUCAGAACCUGAAAUACAAACCUUAGCUUUGAUUGUGCCAGAUUUUCGCUCCAAUAGCAGUGUACCAGUACUAAUUGGAACAAACACUCUUGAUCCUCUCUAUGAGCAAUACUGUGAUGACGACACUCCUCAAACUACUGCAUACUGUGGCUAUGCACAAGUGCUCAAAAUCCUGCAGUUACGGCACCAGCAACACUCCAGCGGCAGGCUUGGCUUGGUCAAACUCAGAGGUCGCAUGCCUGAUGUCAUUCCAGCUGGUCAGAAAGUCAUCCUGCAAGGAUUUGUUAGUGCAAAAGUUGCAGGCAGUGAGCAAUGGGCACUACUUGAAGAACCAUCUGUUUCAUCCUUACCUGGUGGAAUCUUCACAGACCGUUGCCUUGUCACCACACCAACUCAGUAUCCUUACAAGAUACCUGUAAUACUGAGAAAUGAAACAGACCACGACAUAACACUGCCAACUAACUGUGUCAUUGCUGAGCUAACAGUAGCUCAA